AUGGAAGAGAGUAGUGAUUACUGUAGAAGCUUGGUUGGGAACGCUGAGCUCAGCACCCAACUAUCUGGACAAACACCCGGGAUAUUCCAUCCGGCGUUGUGUUGCAGAGAUGAUGUCGAAGUCACAGACUCAACCUUGGCAGUGAUGUUGGGCCUCAUCCUGCAUCCGGUGACAAAGGCCGGCAAGGGCAAAAAUGGUCGUCCAAAACAAUGCCGUUCCUGUAAUAGGGUCUUCUAUGGACAGCUCUCAGACGUGGAUGAGGCCUUAGGGGCUGAGGCCCGAGAUGAAACUAUGAAGACAACCCAAGGAACCGACCUCAGAAUAGUCCAGAGUUUUGAAACUGGAGACAUACACCGAGGCUCAGAUCAGCUGGAAGUGGCCAUCACGGCAUCUGUGUGUUUGGAUCCCCACCGCCGCGAAAAGCUUGGCGGCAAACUUAAAUUAGCCCAAGAGGAGUGUCGUAGGGAGAAAGGUACGGAAAGAGGUACAGAAAUAUUAGAAGCGAGGCGCAUUCUCGUGGAAAUGGGCUUCGUCAUGCUCCGAAUAAACGAAAAUGGAGCGAGAGAACGCAUGAUUUCCGAGAGGGCCUCUCGAUGCGAUCAGAUUGGGCAAAAACCGGGCACAUUCUGUUUCGAAGCUCAGACCUGCUAUGCCGCCUCAGAGCCGCCUCAGAUCUGA